AUUUAGUGUAUCCCCAAUUGUAGUGAUUAAAAAGUUACGGAGUUAACAUGUGGUGCCCAUAGCUAUUUUAGCAUUGUUAGCAAAUAUCCCAGGACAAGAUCAUGGAGCAGGCAAAAGACAUCUUUGAGAAGCUUGCUCUGCUGGUUGCAACACCAGACUGCUAUGAUGAGUUCUUCAACAAGAUGAAUUUCAUGCAUGUGCCUUGCCUGAAGUCGACACUGAGCAAAGGUCUCGGCCUGGGCAUCGUGGCGGGGUCGUCGAUGGUGAAGAUCCCGCAGGUGCUAAAGAUCAUGAUGAACAAGAGCGCUGAGGGCAUCAGCAUCUACGGCACGCUGAUGGAGCUGUUUGCUGUCUCAGGAGCAACAGCUUACUGCUACGUCAAGGAGUUCCCGUUCAGGUAAAAUGCAGCUGGAUGG